UCUCUGUUAGGUGACCAUGGGUAACCAAAGUCAACAGAUGUGUGAUUAUGGUUACCACAGUAUAACUAUCAUGUGCUAAAAUAGGAUAUAGUUUUUUUGUUUUUAAAUCUACAAUCUACCUCCGAUUGUAAAGUAAAAUAUUUUUGUACUUGCGACCAAACUUUAAUCAUUUCACGCACGAAUGGCAUACACACGGAUGUUUUUAUCAUUAUAUUAGCUACUAUACACCAUUAUUGAAUGUUACAGUUUUGGAACAUACUUAUAGCUUCGUUGUAGCUAUAAAAGAUUAGGCAAAAACAUAUUGACAGGGAUAUUAGAUAAGGAAGGAAGAACACGGUUUUCCAGAUAUACAAGUAUACUUUUUACUACUGUAACUGUGAGAAAAUGGAAAGAAACAGAAGACCCUUCCAGAUUUUUAGUAGAAGCUACAUGACGCGUAAUUCCAAUCUAAAUCCAAAUGAAAGACCAAGCGUUGAUUAUAAUGAUGUAGACUUUGAUGCCUUAAUUAUCCUUAAACCCCAUACAGGAAUAUAAAAUGAAUCAUGACGUUAUGGAUAUAAAAAGUUCUACCAAAGAACAUUUAACAUUGAACAAUAUUCAAGGCACUUCCAGACCAACCAUAUCAGACAUAAUCAAUCAACGAAAAGAUGUCAAAAUAAUAUCUGUAUUUAAGCGUUUAGGUGCAGAGCCAUACAAAUCGCGGAGUCAACGGCUGGAAAAGUUUACCCAAAAUACAUCCAUAAAUGAUUGUCGGAUAAUUUCAAAUGAUUUUCAGGAUAAUGAUAAUAUGAAAGUCAACUCUAAAUCUAGCAUCGCACUUGAAACUAAUAGAAAUCACAAAACUGAUAACAAAGUCGGAAAUCUGGAUUUUAAAGGAGAAACCUUUUUGUCAGAAAUUGAGGAAAUUGAGUCAAGAAAACGAAGCCGAUCACAUAGCUCCGACUCCAAUCGGCGAAAAGUAAUUAGAACAUCAAGCAAUUUUGUUGGUGUGAACAUUGAAAAAGAAGGACCAAGAAGCGAAACGUAUCAAUACAGUGCACAUGCGCCUACAGAAAGAAUUAAAGACAAACGAAGUAUUCUUGGAGAUAGAAAACUCGAAAUGUCAAAUUCUAAGAAUAACAUAAGUCAAGGUAGAGUUCAUCACAUUUCAGCGGGACAACAAGAAAGCAAUGUGCCUGUUUCAAGCAGACUAUCGUUAAUUGUAUAUCAAAGAAAGAAUUGUAAAGUCCGAUAUCAAUCUCGUCCAAACGGACAAUCAAGCAGUCCAAACACAAAGCAACAUCACAGUGAAAUAAAACUAAAUACAAAAUAUUCCCAGAACGGAUUUGAAGUGUCUGAAGAAAAAAAAAACAUACAUAAAUUGUCAAAGAUGGAUACCGAAUAUUUAGCGGCUUAAAUUAGUACUUGCAGUAGAGAAUUAGACACAUUUCUAUUUAAGCAUGUGGUUAUUGAGCAUAUGUCUUUAUUUUUACAAGUAAUGUGUAAGUUAUGUGAGUCUAAGCAUUAUUCAUUAGUACAGAAAGCUCUCAAUCCAUUAAAAGAAAGAAAGUUCUUUGACCGACAGGAUAUAAAAGAUAUUAUUUGGGAGCUUCGUUUACAGUUUGAGGGGGAAGAAAUUCACAUGCUGAUAAAUUUACUUCUUUUGAUGAAAGGGUUUGUAUGUCAUGUGAAUAGUGGACCAUCCGAUCUAAUGCAACCAUUAGAUUCUUUAGAAAGAUGUGUUCACGAAAACGUGAAGGACGAGAGUCAACAAAGAAACCUAGAGUUUCUAAUACAAGAAAUAAGAGACAAAUGGGAUCCAGAGAAUACCCCUUACAACGAGAACCAACUUUCAACAUUAGCUAUACUGCCAGAUUUUAUUGAAAUAGAGUCAUGUGAAAGUUGUAUUGUUGAUUCUGAUUAUGAAGAUCAUGAAACAGAAGAAGGCUACUUACGACGACUAUUCAUGCUUCAUCGUCAAGAUUUUAUCAGGCCCUUGUGUAUAGGGUUGAUGUCUUUAAAAGAUAGUUUAUAUGAAGAUCCGGACUGCCUUGAGAAAGGAUGGCGACAUGAUGACAUCCGUGUCUAUAAAAAUAUAACUUUUCUAACACGCUGUUGUAAUGAACAAAACGGAUUAACUUGGAAAAUAAGAUUUGAUAUCACUCCCUAUAGUCGAAUCAACUGGAACACCAGAAAGUUACUUACAUUUGGAUCUCUUGUUUGUUUUACAAAAAAAAACUUUUCGAUUCUCACGUUUGCAACUGUAGCAGAGCGUAAUGCUAGUGAUCUAAAAAGGGGUAUUUUUGAAAUUAAAUUUACCGAAGCUAAUGCAGACGUGAAUGAAAUUUUACAACAGCCUGAUGUUCUUCUUAUUGAAAGCCGCGCUUUCUUUCUGUCUUACCUUUAGACAUUAAAAUCACUUAAGAGUAUGCACAGUGAAGUAUUUAAUAAGGCAACUGCUUUACCGUUCUGUAAACAGUUAUUACCAGAGAAACACAGCGUGGAAAAAGAUGUAC